AAGUUUUGUGGAGUAAAAAUACUAAAAAUUUUUAAAAAUAAAAGAAAUAAAAUUUUUCUUUUAUUUUCUCUGAAUUUAAAAAUAAAAACAAAAGAAAAAAGAAAACAGCUGUUUGUCGACUGUUGUUUUAAAAAUCUCGUGUCUUUAAUUUUAAAACUCGCUUCAAAAAACAGGUUGCGCAGUUUUUUUUAAACGCGGGUAAUAUUAAAGGUGAAUAAGGUGCUGGUAACAUUAAUAAAUUAAAACAGGUACAGUAAAAUAUAGUAUACAAAAUGGACGAAACAAAAGCACUUAACGGUGAAACCAAAAUGAAUGGUUUUAAUGGAGAAACAAAAGCAUUAAAUGGAAAAAUGUAUCCUCAAAUUAAUAAUGAUUUAAAUAAACCACUUACUAAAUUAAAACCAUUAGGAUUGAGAUCAAAGGCUGUUAUGCGACAGGUGACAAAAGUAAUAUUAGCAAAUUUAAGUGUAGUCUCUGGUGGUAUGGCUUUAGGAUAUCCAGCAGUUACAUUAAAACAAUUAACAGAUCCAAUAUAUUCAAAUGCUUUAACAGUAUCCCAAGCAUCAUGGUUUGCAUCUAUAAAUGCAAUUUCUUGCCCAUUGGGUGGCCUUUUAAGCGGAUAUUUAUUAGAUAAAAUUGGUCGAAAAGGUACUAUUAUAACAAUUAAUUUUACUGCUAUAAUAGCAUGGCUAAUAAUGGCGACAGCAUUUCAUGAAGAAAAUUUAGCAUUCUUUAUACAAAUUAUGAUAUCACGUUUUGUUAUUGGUAUUACAACAGGAUUAUCUAGUUCACCAUGUGGUGUUUAUGCAGCUGAAGUAUGUCAUCCAAAUUUACGUGGUCGUUUAACACUAGGUACAUCAAUUGGUACUGCAUUAGGAAUAUUUCUCAUAUAUACAAUGGGCUAUUUUAUAAGAAAUGACUGGAGAUUAAUUAGUAUUUUAGCUGGAUCAUAUGCUGUAUUUGCAUUAUUAUUAUCAUUUAGUAUACCAGAAUCACCUAGUUGGUUAUUAUCUAAGAAACGUCAAGAAGAAUCAAAAAAAGUUCAUCGUUAUUUCCGGGGUCUCAAGAAAACCGAUAAUUAUUGUUAUGAAGAAAUUGAUAUAGAAUUUAGUAGAAUGGAAAAAGCUGCAUUAAAUCCAAUUGGCCAGAAAAAGAAGAAAUUUGUAAAAAUGUUAAGAAAACCAGAAGUAUGGAAACCAUUACUAAUUAUGAUUGGUUUCUUUGGUUGUCAACAAUUUUCUGGUAUAUUUGUUGUUAUCGUUUAUGCUGUACAAUUUUCAAUUGAAGCUGGUGUUAAUAUUGAUCCAGUAUUAUGUGCUAUGAUGGUUGGUUUAACACGUAUGGUAACAACAUUUUUAGUUGGUUAUUUGUUAGAUAAAUGGGGUAGAAGACCACCAGCAUUAAUGUCUGGUUUUGGUAUGGCAAUAUGUAUGAUGUUAUUAGCUGGUUGUACAUGGUUCCCAGCUUUAGCUGAUGUACCAUAUUUACCAGUCGGUUGUAUUGUUAUGUAUAUAUUUACAAGUACAUUAGGUUUAAUGACAUUACCAUUUUCAAUGAUUUCGGAAGUAUAUCCACAAAAAGUACGUGGUCAAUGUGCUGGUAUUACAAUUUGUUUUGGUUAUUUAAUGUCAUUCAUUAUAAUUAAUCGUUAUCCAUUUAUGGUUGAAAAUAUGGGUAAAGAGAAUGUAUUUGCUUUUUAUGGUGUUGUAUCAUUACUUGCCAUAUUAUUUAUAUACUUUUUCUUACCGGAAACGAAAGGUAAAAGUUUACAUGAAAUUGAAGAAUAUUUUAUAUAUGGUAAAAGUGGUAAACCAGCUGAACCAACAGAAGUUGAAAUGAAAGAAAUUUUUGUUAAAUAGAUAGACAAUAAAUGCUGUGAAAGACAAAAUUGCUGGAAUUAAUCGUGAAAGACGAAGAAUAUUAUAGAAGAACAAAAACUAUUUUGCUAAAAUUUUAUGCUAUUAUGAAAUGUACUUAUAGAAUUUAAUAAUUAAUUUGACAUUAAGAUUGACAUAUAGAUAAAUGUUAAAAACUACAAAAAUAUAAAAAAAAAUAUUGUGUGCUUAAAAAAUAUUGGAAGGAUCAAACUGUGAUAUAGAAUUAAUAAAAUAAAUAUAAUUUCAAUUAAUUUUAAGAUUCAGAAAACAAAGAAACAAAAAAUUUAAUUGCAAUUUUAUUAAUCACUCACUACUUAAUUAAAGAAUGUGUGUUUGUACUUAUUUUAAUUUUUAUUUAAAAUUUUUUAUAAAAUAUGAUCACAUGUUUAAAAUUCUAUAAUUGAAAUAAAUUGAUAUUUUAUUUAUCUUUAAAUUAUAAGAAUUAAUAAUUAAUAAAAUAUUAUUAAAAAAAAAAAAAACAAAUGAUUAGAAUCAAG